AUGGCAUCAUUUCCUCGGUCUUGUCUGUUAAUCUUCAGUGUUUACGUGUUGUUGGAGUCGGGGUGUGGUGUUCCAACCCCUAACGAUGAUGCUGAACAGUUCAGAUUUCAACUGGAACAGUCUAUCUUUAGUACAUUCGAGGAGUUUGCACAGUUUCUGCGGUCCUACUUUACAAUACAGACACAGAUGAGGAAUGAGAGUAGAGAACAACCUGCUAUAGAGCCUGGCCCAGACACCGCACAUCCUGCCAUUAGGCGACGUCGAGCUAGUCUGCCAUUGCGUUUUGAGGAUGUUGAGAGACAAUAUCUGAUUAAACAGUCGCUUCAGCUGUUGGGGGAAUUCGUGGGGUAUGUAGAGUAUGUCCAAAACGACAAUGAGACACGGUCCUAUCUUGAGGAUAUUCUUCGAGAACAUGGCGACAUGCUAAAAACCAUGUCCGUUUCCCAGCUGAAGAGCUACCUCGGCACGCUACAGCGGACCAUGGAAGACGGAGUCAACAGUCAACACCAGAUGGUGGUCAACGGAAAAGUGUACUCUCUUGACCACAUAUCGAGUUGGUGCUGUCAAUUUGGAUGA